AUUAUUUAUUCAAUAUUUACGACUUUGGUUUCUGGUUUUUCUAUGAAAAUCGCAAUUAUAAAUUAUCACUAUGAAACCAGGAUGCAAAUUUAAAUUUUAAUCAAUCUUCUUUUUUAUCUGACGUUUACAAUUUACACAAAUAAGAUAUUCGUGACCACGCCGCAAGACUAUAUAUAUAAAAACAAUGAAUCCUUUGAUUUAAUCGCAUUUCGUAAUAUGAAGUGGUUCGUUCUAUUUUGUGCUGUCAUUUGCAGCACCUGUGGGGCACAAAAAACUAAUAAAGACAAUACAAUAUCUAAAAGUGAUAAUAGUGAUGUAGUGUAUUUAAUAGAAGAUAUUGGAAAUUCUUUUGGAGAUAUUGAUGGUAAAAACAGACAUGUGCCUAGUUACAAACUGAAAAAUCCUAUUCCUUUUGAUGAAGCAGGUGAUGGGAUUUAUUUUAGACCUGAUGAUAGAAAACCAUUAGACAAACCUCAGCAAUUGGUUGUAUCUCCACACAGCAAUCGCCAAAGGCGUAGCCUUUUCCAUAAAAAAGGAAGUUUGCUAGACGGUCUAUUAGGAGGAGGAAUUGGAGGAGGCAGCGGCUACGGUUUUGGCGGAGGUUACGGAGGAGGAGGUUACGGAGGUGGUGGAGGCGGAGGUGGAGGAUAUGGAGGUGGAUAUGGAGGCGGCGGUGGAUUUGGAGGAGGAAAAGGUGGCGGAGGAGGAUUUGGCGGAGGAAAAGGUGGAUUAGGUGGAAACGAUGGAGGAUUUGGAGGCGGCGAUGGAGGAUUUGGAGGCGGUGGUCAUGGAGGUGGCCUAGGAGGAGGAGGUGGUUUCGGAGGAGGUAAAGGAGGUGGAGGCGGUUUAGGAGGAGGCGGUCAUGGUGGCCACGGAGGAGGAGGAUUUGGAGAUGGUGGUCAUGGAGGUGGUAGCUCUGGGGGCGGAGGUUUUGGUGGCGGAGGAGCCGGAGGCGGUGGAUUUGGAGAUGGUGGCUCUGGAGGUGGCGGAUUUGGACAUGGGGGCAAAGGCGGUAAAGGAGGCGGAUUUGGUGGGGGCGGUGGACUUGGUGGUGGCGGUGGAUUUGGAGGAGGCAGCUCCAGUGGACACGGAGGUGGAGGAUUUAAUGAUGAUUCUUAUGACCACCAAACAGGAGGACACGGAGGCGGAGGUGGACUUGGGGGCGGUGGAGGCCUUGGAGGAGGUCACGGAGGAGGCGGUGGACUUGGAAAUGGUGGAGGCGGAGGCCUUGGAGGAGGUCACGGAGGUGGCGGUGGACUUGGAGGUGGUGGAGGCGGAGGCCUUGGAGGUGGUUACGGAGGUGGUGGCGCCGGAGGUUACGGAGGAAGUAGUGGAGGCGGAUAUGGAGGUGGCAGCCAUGGAGGAGGCGGACCCAGUGGUGGUGGUUACGGAGGUCAUGGAGGCGGUGGAGGCAAAAAUACGAGAGAUGGUUUUGCAAGUGGAGAUGUACACAUUGGAAAGGGAGGAAAAGGUGAAGGAGGUGCAGAGAGUGUAGGCGGUUCAGGUCAUACUGGCACAGGAAUAGUUGAGGGUGGCAAAAACAAAGGCAGUGGAGAUGGUUUCGGAGAUAGCACUAGUAGGGGAUUCGCCACUGGAAAUGUAGAAAUUGAACGAGGAGAAAAAGGUAAUGCAGGAGGACAUUCAGGAGGUGCAGGAGUCGCCCAUGGAGGAGGAAUAGGAAGUGGGAGUGGAGCAGGAUAUGAAGGUGAAAGCGGUUUAGGCAAUGGUGGUGGAAAAGGAAAUGAAGGAGGAUAUUCAGGAGGCGGAGGAGCCGGACAUGGAGGAGGAAAAGGAUCUGGAGCGGGAUAUGGUGGCGGAAGUGGUUCAGGUUUAGGGGGUGGUAAUCACCAAAUUGGCAAUAACGGUGAUGGAUUUGCUACUGGAAGCAUAGAAAUCGAAGGUGUAGGAAGAGGUAACGGAGGUGGAGAAGCCGCACAUGGUGGAGGAAAAGGAGCUGGAGCUGGAUCAGGAUAUGGUGGCGGAGGUGGUUCAGGUUUAGAUGGUGGAACUGGAAAAAAUGGAAAUAAAGAUGGAUUUUCCACAGGACUUAUCGAAAUUGAAGGAGGAGGCAAAGGCAAUGUUGGUGGAUAUUCAGGUGGUGGUGGUGGUGGUGGAACUUCCUAUGGAGGAGGAAAAGGAGUUGGAUCAGGAUAUGGCGGCGGAAGUGGUUCAAGUUUAGGCAGUGGAAGUGGAAAAAAUGGAAAUAAUGAUGGAUUUGCCACAGGACUUAUUGAAAUUGAAGGAGGAGGUAAAGGCAAUGGAGGGGGAUAUUCAGGCGGUGGUGCAACUUCUUAUGGAGGAGGUAAAGGAGGUGGUAGUAGUUCAGGAUAUGGAACUGGAUCUACAGGAGGUGAUGCUGGAAGGAUAGUAUUUGAUGACGAUGAAAUAGGUAUUGGAAAAGGAAACGGUGGUGGUUUCGGAGGGGGAUUCAGUUUCAGUAGCGGAGGAGGUGCAAGUUCAGCAGGGAACUAUGGAGUAGAUAAAAGUUCAGAUAUAGAAAAUGGAAGUGGUGGAAAUGUAGGACAUGGAUCUGGAGGCAGUUCUGGUAAAAGUCAACAUGGGGCAACUAAAGGUGGUUCUAGAGACGGUGGAUAUGGUGGAGGUGGUUGUGGAGGAGGUUGUGGAGGUGGGAAAGGCGGCGGAUUCUCACACGCAUCUGCAACUGCGACUGCUGGCUCUUACGGAAAGAAGUAAGAAAAAGCCUAGGAUAUCCUUCACUUGUUUUUAAUAUAUGAUAAGAAAAAUACCAAUUGUAAAUAAAAAUAAUUUUGUAUAAACAUUGUUUUUUUUCAUCACCUAAAUAUUACUUUAAAAAAUAAUAAUCUUUUUACAAUUCGCCAUUUAACAUUUGAACUCCUGAAGCAAAGCUUCUGCAGGAGGAUGACUACUUUUGUUAUUAUUUGCAACCCGGAUUUAAAUCUGGAUGUCAUAUCAACUCUUUAAAAUAGUAACAAAGUCUGCACAAAACACACACUAACGAAGAAAUGUGAAUUAUAAAUUAAUAUAAGAAUAUAUAAUGUGUUAACUUUUCCACAAUGACGCCAAAAGAACGGUAUAGAAUAAGCGAUGCUAUUGACUAGACAGGUAGAACAGUACGUGCCAGCCCACUAGUGGAAGAGGUGUAUCCAUCUGUCCAAUCACGGAAGAUAGGCAGCCGAU